AGGAGCUCCGAAGUCGCGACCCAGACCUCCGUCCUCCAGACCGACUCCCAGCCAGCCUGAGCAGCCACCUCCCCUGCUCCCAAAACCUCUCUCGCUCAAUCGGUGCGAUCGCCCCGGAGGUCCCGUUCGUGCCGCGGGCAUGGCUGCCAGCACCGCGGACCCUCAGCCAGGCUGGAUCUCCGGAGUCUCGGCUUUGCAGAGGGACACUGAAGACACUGAGGAGAAGGCUCUCCUGUCCCUAACAGAUCAACAGCCACCACUCAGCGCUAGCACCCCCUUGCACCCCAUGGCUUCCACAUGCCCGCAGAACACCAAGCCCCACUCCACACGGAUGGGUGUCUCCACCAACACGCGGUUGGCUCCUGAGUCCCUGGAUCCCCACACCCUGCGACUGCUGUGGGGGCAGCGAGAACUGGAGAUCCAGGCACUGCGGUGGGCUGUCCAGAAUGGCCAGGACGCCCGGCACUGUCACAUCCUACAGGAGGUGGCAGGGCUUCUCCCCGAGAGGAGCUCCCGCAAUCAAGAAAAGUUUCUGCAGAGCCAGAUCCAGAAGCUGACCCUGGAGCUGAAAGAGCAAAAGGAACAAGCCCAGCUGGAGAAGCAGCACCUUGAGGAGCAACUGCGGCUUACCACCAGCACGUUGCAGCAGCUGCAGGCUGAGCUGCAGACCUUCCAGAAAUCUUGCCUCCUGCAGCUGGCCCGCUCGUCCUGGGUAGGCCGCGUUCUGAGAUCUCAGACUGGCAGUGUGGAGGUGGUGACAGCAGAGACACUGAUGGACUCCUGUGAGCUCUCUGAGAGUGAUCAGACCCCUGUUGGUGGGGAGGGCUUCCGACUGGAGGACGUGGACUGGAAUAGCAUCGCCCACCGAUACCCCAACCUCUUCACGAGCAUCCACUCUAACUCGGAUCAAAAGCAGACCCGGCGCUGGCCGUCCCUCCCGCUGGACGCGAGUAGCUCAGAGUCCCACCGGGACCGUGUGACGGGUCGUCUCAAGAGCGUGGAGUGGAGCUCCUUGACCUGGGUGGGCACCAGCAGAUCCGGCAGCACAGACUCAGACUCCAGCAGCUGCCAGCUGGCCCUGAGUUCUCUAGUGCAGGUGACCGGGGACCCACCCCAACAGCCAGAUCACGCCUCUUCAGAGCAGAUCCAGACCCUGAAGAACUUCAGUGGAGACUCGGAGCCAGAAGGUGGAGUGGGGCGGGGCUCUGUGAUCCGAGGGCCCGAGCCAGGUUUCCAGAAAACCUCAGACUGGCCUGGUGAGACGGCCCUGGAACCUGAGCCCCGUGCAGAUCUCGCUCACCAUUGUCCGGACCCCUGGCCGAGGCCCACCAGCUACUCCCUGAAGAUCGUGGCCGUGAGCUGCCGCGGGAAGUUUGUGCGCGUCUUCAACCAGUCUCUGGAGGACACCGCCGACCUGAGCGACUUCAUGCUGCAGCAGCUGGUGCGCGACUUCCCGGUGUGCAUGUACCGCUUCCCGCCCGGCACACUGCUGGCACCGCGGCACCACAUCACGGUAUGGGGCGAGGGGACCAGCAGAACCAGGAAAGAGCCGUCCUUGUCCUUGGGCCGGGAGCCCGUCCACUUCCGCUCCAGUCGGGGCUGCGUGACCCUUCUCCUGAACCCCAAGGGCGAGGUCCUCAGCCAACACCAGGCCCCGCACUCCGUGACCCCGGUCUCCAGAAUCUUCGUGAACAACACCGACUUGUCCAUUGAUUGCUUCCCGCUGUCUGAGGCCCAGCCCGACACCGACGCUGGCAACACUGGCGACACUGGCCAGCAGAAGCGCCGGCCUCGACCCCCGUGCAAGGGCCGGGUGCAAGAGGCCAGGGCCAAGCUCCGGAAGCCGGGGACACGGGGCACUUUGCCACUCCUGGGCACCAGCAAGCCCUGCCACCCGCGGGAGGUGCCAGCUCGGCCAGAACGCGCCGAGACCAAGGCACCAGAGCUCCUGCCAACCAUCUCAGGCGAGGGGGCGCAGGAAGCAGAGGGACAGGAGGGCAGCCUGCUGAGGGGACGCCGCCAGCCUGACCCCAGCCCCAUCAUGUCACACGCAGAGACCGAGGCCGAGUCGCGCCUCCAGGACUGCCGGGCCAGGAAGGAGCACAAGGUCCGGGUGUGCCGGAAGCGCGUGGACCGGAGCUGCUAA